AUGUAUUGCGAGUAUUGGCUUAAAGUUGAAGUGAAGGUCUUUCCCAACACUCGACGCGAUAACAGACAAUUAGGACUCAAAUUAAAUUUGUCGAAGAGAUGGGUGUCGAGGAUGUCGUCGACGGCCGGCAAAGAAUCAGCCAAAACGCGUCCAUUGAAUCGGGUUUUGAUCGCAAAUCGCGGAGAGAUUGCCAUAAGAGUGAUGAAGAGUGCGAAACGAUUGGGUCUUCAGACGAUUGCCGUCUAUUCGGAUGCGGACGCGAACGCAAUGCACACCCGAAUGGCUGACCACAGCUAUCACAUCGGAUCCUCGCCUUCCUCUCAGAGCUAUUUAGACAAACAGAAGAUAAUAGACGUCGCGAUCGCAUCCAAUGCCUGUGCAAUACAUCCCGGAUAUGGCUUUCUGUCCGAAAAUGUAGAGUUCGCCGAAAUGUGUGCCAAAAAUGACAUCAUAUUUAUCGGACCAAAAGCCGAUGCCAUCAGAGAUAUGGGCAUUAAGUCGACAUCAAAAACCAUUAUGUCUGCUGCAGGCGUUCCAGUGGUUCCCGGAUAUCACGGAGAUAUACAAGAAGACAAGUAUCUGUUAGAAGAAGCUAUAAAAAUAGGGUUUCCUGUUAUGAUAAAGGCUGUGAGGGGUGGCGGCGGCAAAGGUAUGCGAAUCUCUUUGAAUCAAAACGAUUUCAUACAAGACUUAGAGUCGGCCCGAAGAGAGGCAAUGAAAUCAUUUGGCGACCAAUCAAUGCUCAUCGAAAAGUUUGUGUCCAAUCCGCGACACAUCGAGGUUCAAGUGUUUGGCGAUUCGCUGGGAAAUUAUGUUUACCUCUUCGAGAGAGACUGUUCUGUCCAACGGAGACAUCAGAAGAUCAUCGAAGAAGCGCCGGCACCGCAUAUCACAGAAGAGAUCAGACGUGAGUUGGGAACGGCUGCCGUCAGGGCGGCGAAGGCUGUCAACUAUUUGGGCGCCGGAACUGUUGAGUUCAUAUACGAUCCCAAAGAUUCAAAGUUUUAUUUUAUGGAAAUGAAUACUCGCUUACAAGUGGAACAUCCGGUCACUGAAAUGAUUUCGGGAACCGAUUUAGUCGAGUGGCAGCUGAGGGUCGCCGCCGGACACGAGUUGCCACUAAAACAGGAAGAGUUGAAACUCAACGGACACUCGUUUGAAGCGCGCAUUUACGCUGAAGACCCCGAAAAUAACUUCAUGCCCGGCGCCGGACCUCUUGUGCGUCUGGAAACACCAGUUCCCACGUCUGAUGUGCGGAUAGAGACCGGUGUUAGGUCUGGCGAUGAGGUGUCCGUCCAUUACGACCCGAUGAUUGCAAAACUGGUGGUUUGGGGACACAAUAGAGAGACGGCAUUAAGAAAAUUGCGACAAUCGUUAACGCAAUACAAUAUCGUUGGCCUCAAAACAAAUGUUGACUUUUUGUUAAGGCUUUCAAAUCAUUCAGAAUUUCAAAGCGGAAACGUUUACACGAACUUCAUUGAAGACCAUCACAAAGAGCUGUUCCCAACCACUGAUACCUCACCGGACAUCAUGUGCUCCGGAGUUAUCGCUCUAAUACUCAAUGAGAAACUCAGUCAAACCAACAGAAACAAUGUCUCAUCGGAACCGUUCUCUCCGUUCAAUAUCUGUGAUGACAAACGUCUUCAUGAAGUGCCAGUCUUUCGGUUCUUUGAAUUAAUCGAUUCCAACAAUAAAUCUCAUGAAAUUAAAGUUGAUUUCAAUGCCAAUCAAACGUUUAAUAUCAAAGUGGGAAACGAUGUCUUCAGUAAUAUUAGCGCAGAAUAUGAACCAAAAGAUAACGAAUUGAGUGUAGAAAUGAAUGGCAUUCGAACCAAACAAAGAGUUCUCAUCACCGAUAAUAUGGUCUCCAUUUUCACAAGAGAUGGUUCCCAUAGUUUCGAGACAAAAGUUCCCGACUAUUUGAAGACACAAUCUGUGGAUUCGGUGACCGAUUCGCGCACAGUAUGCGCGCCAAUGCCGGGAGUGAUCGACAAAAUACUUGUGUCUGAGAAUCAAAGUGUGAAAAGUGGUGAUAAUCUGGUGGUUAUGACCGCAAUGAAGAUGGAGUACGUCAUCAAAGCCAACACAGACGCAGUGGUCGACAAACUAUUGUAUAAAGCGGGAGAUAAUGUGCCAAAAGGUGCACAACUUCUUAGCUAUAAAUAA